AUGCGCAACUACAACAACUUCAACCGCGUGUGGAAGGCUCCCCGCCGCCCGUUCGAGAAGGAGCGCCUCGACCGCGAGAUGCGUCUCUGCGGACAGUACGGCCUGCGCUGCAAGCGUGAGAUCUGGCGCGUCAACAUGACGCUGUCCAAGAUGCGCCGCACCGCCCGUCUGCUGCUGACGCUGCCCGAGAACCAUCCGCGCCGCCAGCUUGAGGGUUCCGCCAUCAUGCGCCGCUGCCACGAGUACGGCUUCCUCGAGGAGGACAAGGACAAGCUCGAUUACGUGCUCUCCCUCACCGUGCCCGAUAUCCUCGAGCGCCGCCUGCAGACGGUGGUCUUCAAGCACGGCCUCGCCAAGUCUGUGCACCACUCACGCACGCUCAUCCAGCAGCGCCACAUCGCGGUGGCGAAGCAGAUCGUGACGAUCCCGUCCUUCAUUGUGCGCGUGAGCUCUGAGCACCACAUCGCCUUCGCGGACGCCUCGCCCUUCGGCAACGGCCGCAUGGGCCGCGUGAAGCGCGUCAAGGCGAAGGCGGCGAAGAAGGCGGCCGCUGGCGGCGGUGCUGCCGACGACGACGAAUAG